AUGACAGGCGUUUACAAAGAGAAUCUGAGAAGUUUCGAUAGAACAAUGGAAGAAUGCUCGGAUAUCGUUCUGAGCAUCCACAAUGCAAAGUUUUUCGUCUCUAAAUUGUACCUUGCCACGCAUUCUCCAUAUUUCAAGGUUUUGUUUUUGGGAAAAUUCAACGAAGCAAACAAAACUGAGAUCAAACUGUCUGGAAUCGAUUCGGAUGAUUUUCAAAACUACCUUGAAGUUCUUUAUGGAGAACAAGCGAUUAAUGAACAGGGACAAGACGUCCAGUUCUACGAGGCAAGACGUCUUCCGGGAUGCACUUCAAAGUUUUGGACUCUUAACCAGCAUGUGGACUAUGUGAAGCUGCAUGAGGACCGUCUUUUAGCCCAUAAAAUGACAACAGCAACGUUGUUAUUUCGGAUGCAGCGGAAAUUCCCAGUCUAG